AAUUCAUGUCUGCUACGCACUACAAAUAUGCCCUGGUGGUUACGGGUGGGUUAUAUAGAGAUGCUCCAAUUUGCUCUGUGGAGCGGCCGCUGAAAGGCUCAAGGCCUGACCACAAAGCAAUGUCGGCCGAGACUGACAUACCUAGCUAUGACAUCGGCCUAUCUGUGACGAAUUUGUAGCAAUUGAAAUCACUUCUCCAGACGCCCAGAUUCCAGAAUGAUCCAGCUUUACCCAUGCUUCAUAAUCAAUUAGCUUGCAAUACUGUUGAACAGUCUUCUUUUCUCCAGUAGUUUUCCAAUCUUUAACAACUUUUCCCAUAACGCAUAUCGAUUCACAACAUGGCUCAAUCUACUCAGAACAAGCAAUGGCUCACCAACCAGGAUGGUGUCGGCAGUAUACACCGUGGCGAAUCAACCAUCCCUCAACCUGGAGAGAAGGAAGUCCUCGUCAAGAUUCACACUGUCUCUCUAAACUACAGAGACACUGAAGUGUGUGAUGGCGGCUACAACCAUCACAAGAGCGUCGAUGCUGAGAAGAAGGCUAUCGUUCCUGGCUCCGACAUGUGUGGCACUGUCGUCAAAGCUGGACCUGGAGCUGCUCUCAAAGAAGGACAGAGAGUUUUGUCCAUUUUCCUACAGACUCACCAGACUGGCCAGGUUCAGGAAAGUGAUAUGGCAUCUGGGGUGGGCCUGCCUCUUGAGGGUGUUCUCCAAGAGUACCGUGUGUUCCCUGACAAUGCUCUUGUGACUGUUCCCGACUACAUGAGCGACGAGGAAGCGGCCACUCUACCUAUUGCCGGUGUCACUGCCUUCAUGGCCAUGAACUGGAUGCAGCCCAUUGGAAAGCCGAUCACCAACCCCGAGACCACCGUCUUGUUCCAGGGUACUGGAGGAGUGUCAAUCAUGGGUCUGCAGAUGGCCAAAGCAUGUGGACUGAAAGCAAUUGUGACCUCGUCUUCGGACGAGAAGCUUGAAAAGGCUCGUCAGCUUGGUGCUGACUACACUAUCAACUACAAGAAGUUCCCCAACUGGUCCGAAAAGGCCAUGGAGUUCACCAAGGGCAAAGGUGUCGACAUCAUCCUCGAAUGCGGCGGUGCUCAAACUGUCCGCCAAAGCUUCGACUCUAUCGCCUUUGGUGGUCUCAUAUCGAGCAUUGGCUACCUGUCUGGCAAGCAGGACACCGAGAGCGAUGCACUCAACAUCAAUGUAUUGGCCUUGAGACGUAACGUUACUCUCAAAGGCCACCUCAACGGACCCAAGGACAGAUUCGAAGAGAUGCUGCAGCUCUAUGCUCAGGAGCAGAUUCACCCUGUGGUAGACAAGGUGUUCAGCUUCGAUGGAACAAAGGACGCUAUGCAAUACCUUGCCAAGGGUGGUCAUUUCGGCAAGGUCGUCAUCAAGAUCGCAUAAGAAUAAGCCAGUAAAUGAAAAAUUAAUCAUGCAUAACCGGCCUGCCGUUAUUAUCGUGAAAGGUGAAGGCUAGGUUGGCCAGGAAUGUAACAGCUGCAUAGUACGUGCACCGCCACAGGAUCUGGGCGAUGCUGCUAUCAAGCAUCGAAGAUCCUGAAUUUGCGCGUUUGCGUUCAAAACUUCAUGGAGUGUCCAUAGCAAGGAAUUACGAUAGUCUUGGUCAUUUUUCAGCGUGUUUGUUUGUUUGUUGUCGUAACAGUUGUAUGACGU